UUACAACCCCCAAUGAUAUAGCUCUCCGUUAUCACCUUCCAAGUACCCAUUCCUAUACCACAGAAGCAAUUACAAUGGCAACACUAACCAGUCUCAACCUCUCAACCCCAAGAGUCGUAGCCAAAGCUACAGACGCACCGAAAGCUCAACCCAUCUUCAAACUAAACCAUCCGUGGAAUAGAACAUAUCAAGUCGGGUCGGGACGAAUGCGAAUGCAACCAGCAAGAGCAGCUCCUGACAGAAUAUCAGAGAAGGUGGAGAAAAGCAUCAAAGAAGCAGAGGAAGCUUGCGCAGGUGAUCCGGCGAGCGGUGAAUGCGUGGCGGCUUGGGAUGAAGUGGAGGAGUUGAGUGCUGCUGCUAGUCAUGCCCGCGACAAGAAGAAGGAGUCGGAUCCUUUGGAGGAAUUCUGCAAGGACAACCCGGAGACAGAUGAGUGCCGUACCUAUGACAAUUGAAAUGGGUUCUAUUACUAUUAUUUUUCGUUUUUUAGCAAUCAACUUUAGAUGUUUACUAUGGAAGUUGGAUUAUGCGAAGAACGUCGUAUGAUGAAUUUUAUCAUGGUGGUGUUAUUUAUCAGAUACAUAUACCAUAUACCAUAUACCAUCUUGGAUUGGAAGAAAAAUGGGAUUGUUCAUUAAUUAUUACUUUAUAUUCUUAGCUUUUAUCAUAUUAUUAUUAUUAUUAUUGCAA